UAACCAGGGUAGACUGGGUAGUCAAAUACCGGCAUUUGCAUCCCGAUUUUUUGCUUUUAUAAGAGCUAGGAGAAAAACACAACCACUUCAAGCACUCAAGUCUUCGAACCAAAAUCAAGCCGAAAACGAUGGCCCCUUCUACCCUCACAGCUCUGGCAGAAGAGAAAACCCUCCAAGCAAGCUUUGUUCGCGACGAAGAUGAACGUCCGAAAGUGGCAUAUAACCAAUUCAGCAAUGAAAUCCCUGUCAUUUCAAUAGCUGGGAUUGAUGACGGUGGUGAAAAGAGAGCUGAAAUAUGCAACAAGAUCGUGGAGGCAUGUGAGGAAUGGGGAGUUUUUCAAAUUGUUGAUCAUGGGGUUGAUACUAAGCUGGUGUCUGAAAUGACAACUCUUGCUAAAGAGUUUUUUGCUUUGCCACCGGAAGAGAAGCUUCGGUUUGAUAUGUCCGGUGGCAAAAAGGGUGGCUUCAUUGUCUCCAGCCAUUUACAGGGAGAGGCAGUACAAGACUGGCGUGAAAUAGUGACCUUCUUCUCGUACCCAAUUCGCACCAGAGACUAUUCAAGGUGGCCUGACAAGCCAGAGGCAUGGAAAGCAGUGACCGAGGAAUACAGUAAGAAGCUAAUGGAACUUGCUUGCAAGCUUCUUGGGGUCUUAUCAGAGGCUAUGGGAUUAGAAACAGAGGCCUUAACUAAGGCUUGUGUUGACAUGGACCAAAAGGUGGUGGUCAAUUUCUAUCCAAAAUGUCCACAACCAGACCUUACACUUGGACUCAAACGCCAUACUGAUCCCGGCACCAUCACCCUCUUGCUCCAGGACACCGUUGGUGGUCUUCAGGCCACUAGAGAUAACGGAAAGACUUGGAUCACCGUUCAACCUGUUGAAGGUGCUUUUGUGGUCAAUCUCGGAGACCAUGGUCAUUAUCUUAGCAAUGGAAGAUUCAGGAACGCAGACCACCAAGCUGUGGUGAACUCAAACUCUAGCAGGUUGUCCAUAGCCACAUUCCAGAACCCAGCACCAGAUGCUACAGUGUACCCUCUCAAGAUUAGAGAGGGAGAGAAGUCGGUGCUAGACGAGCCAAUAACAUUUGCUGAGAUGUAUAGGAGGAAGAUGAGCAAGGACAUUGAGAUAGCCACGAAAAAGAAGUUGGCUAAGGAGCAGCUGCUGAGAGAUUUGGAGACAGCCAAAUUAGAAACUAAGCCCAUUGAGGAAAUCCUUGCUUGAAUAUGUCAUUGUUGUCAAGUGUUUAUGUGCUGGCCGUCUUUUACUCUGUCUGUCAUUGGUGUCUGUUUAGUUUGAUGGUGAAAUGUGUUGAGUCUGUGGGUUAUCUAAGAGUAAACCUUGCUUCUUAUAGUUAAAAAAUAAUUUCUCCACAACCUUGGAAGUCUUUCAUUUGUUGCCCAGGGCCAGGGUUCUUUUGUUCUAAAAUAUCUCUCAGAGCUUUUAGCUGUAUCAUGGAAUUAUGAAAAUAGUCCUUUUACAUUCUUCAUUCAAUAAAAUCUCAGACGGACCAUGUUCGAUAGA